CUUCGACGUCGAUAAAAAGUUUUCCUACCUUAUCCUUUUUGAAACAUGGCAGUUCUUCCAUGUGCACACUGACGAGAAUAAUUUCCCGAUUUCAGUGAAAAUAUCAUUCGAGAAAACGGUUUUCGUGUGUAAAAUUGAUCAAAAAUGAAGUUGAACGUUUCGUUCCCGGCUACGGGCUGUCAGAAGCUCUUCGAAGUCGUCGACGAGCACAAGAUCCGUAUCUUUUACGAGAAACGCAUGGGCCAAGAAGUAGAGGCCGAUGCCUUGGGUGACGAAUGGAAAGGUUAUAUCCUUAAAAUUGCAGGUGGUAACGACAAGCAAGGGUUCCCUAUGAAACAGGGAGUGUUGACGAACGGUAGGGUACGUCUCUUGCUAUCGAAGGGUCACUCUUGCUACAGACCCAGGCGUACUGGUGAACGCAAGCGAAAAUCGGUUCGCGGCUGCAUCGUCGACGGAAACCUCUCCGUUUUGGCCUUAGUUAUUGUAAGAAAAGGUGAACAAGAAAUCCCUGGACUUACCGACAAUACCAUCCCUCGUCGCUUGGGGCCUAAGAGGGCUUCGAAGAUCCGCAAGCUGUUCAAUCUCAGCAAAGAAGAUGAUGUUCGUCAAUACGUUGUUAAACGUCCAUUGCCGGCCAAAGAAGGUAAGAAACCAAGAACCAAGGCUCCGAAAAUCCAGCGUCUGAUCACCCCGACGGUCCUCCAGAGAAAACGUCAUCGUUUGGCGCUGAAAAAGAAGAGAUGCAUCAAACGUAAGGAACUAGAGGACACCUACGCUAAGUUGCUGGCCCAACGUAAGAAGGAGUCGAAGGCGCGUCGUGAGAUGCUCAAGAGGCGUAGAUCUGCCAGUAUGCGCGACAGUAAAUCUAGCACUCAAAGCGGGCAGAAAUAAAUUGUAUUUUUUAUAUUUUAUAAGGCAAUGUGAGGAUUAAACGUUGUUGCUU